GUGAUCGAGGCUUCUGGUGACCACAUGCUAGCUAACCUCCAAAACAAGUCCAGGUGCAUCGGUCCGGAAUUUCACCACCAUCGUCAAUCCUACGCUUCCCUGUUACGUUUCUAGGGUUAGGGCUAGGAUUUGGGUUGGGUUUUCUGAGAAUUCCAUGGAGGCUGCUUCGACCUCUAGAAGACCGCUCUUCCGCUACUGUUACUGUAACUGCUUGAAGCGUUCUUGUCGUUGUUUCUGCUGUUGCUACUGUUGUUCACGCCCUUGAACACAUUCCCAACUAGGGUUAGGGCUAGGAUUAGGGUUUUGCGUUUUAUAAUGGAUUUGAACUCCAGCUCCAAUCUCUCUCUUGGGUUCUCAUCGUCUUCAUCGGUGCAAAUAGCCGACGAUUCUAUCGCUUUUCAGAUUGAUUCCAGCUUCCGCGAAUCCACGAACCCGAUGCCAACCGCGCCACUGCAGUUGUUGGAGGAGAAUCACAGGGGCGAGAAUGGUGGAGGCGGGGGAGAGAGCGCGGAUGAGGAAGAGAAGGUGGAGGAGUUCAGGAUAUUGGGGCAUUCGAUGUGCUUGAAGAGGCGGAGAGACGGGGAGGUCACUUGUUCGGCGGUGAGAAGAGAUCCGAUGGAGGCGGAGCUCGAGGCGCGGCGGAGCGCUGUGAGGGCGUGGGGAAACCAGCGGCUCUGCGUGGCCGAUCCUGAUGUGUUUGAUAUUAUGGAAAAAGAGAAGCGGAGGCAAUUCAAGGGAAUUGAGUUGAUCGCUUCGGAGAAUUUCGUGUGCAGGGCGGUGAUGGAAGCCCUGGGAAGCCAUUUGACGAAUAAGUAUUCCGAGGGAAUGCCGGGUGCUAGGUAUUACUGUGGGAAUCAGUAUAUUGAUGAGAUUGAAUGGCUUUGUUGCAAGCGCGCAUUGAAGGCAUUCGAUCUUGAUCCGGAGAAUUGGGGAGUGAAUGUUCAGCCAUAUUCAUGUACUUCUGCAAAUUUCGCAGUUUACACAGGUUUACUUCUUCCGGGUGAUAGAAUCAUGGGGUUGGAUACUCCAUCAGGUGGAAAUACUAGUCAUGGGUACUACACUCCUAAUGGCAGGAAAGUUUCGGGGGCGUCUAUCUUCUUUGAGAGUUUACCCUAUAAGGUGAACCCACAAACUGGGUAUAUAGAUUUUGAUAAGCUGGAAGAGAGGGCGCUAGAUUUUCGCCCCAAGAUUCUUAUUUGUGGUGGGAGUUCAUAUCCUCGUGAAUGGGAUUAUGCUAGGUUUAGACAGAUUGCUGAUAAGUGUGGAGCAGUGCUUUUGUGCGACAUGGCUCAAAUUAGCGGACUUGUUGCGGCUAAGGAAUGUGUAAACCCUUUUGAUUACUGUGAUAUUGUUACCUCAACAACUCACAAAAGUCUACGGGGUCCCAGGGGAGGCAUCAUUUUUUAUAGAAAGGGUACAAAGCCAAGGAAAAGAGGGAUGAUUCUAAGUCAAGGAGAUGAUAAUGAUCACUAUGACUAUGAGGAAAAGAUAAACUUUGCUGUUUUCCCAUCAUUGCAAGGGGGCCCUCACAAUAACCACAUUGCUGCCCUUGCAAUAGCCCUAAAACAAGUGGCUACUCCAGAGUACAAGGCAUAUAUGCUGCAGGUAAAGAAAAAUGCUCAGGCUUUAGCAUCUGCUUUACUGAGAAGAAAAUGUAGGCUGGUAACUGGAGGCACAGACAACCAUUUGUUACUUUGGGAUCUUAGAACUCUGGGAUUGACAGGUAAGAACUAUGAGAAGGUCUGUGAAAUGUGCCACAUUACACUCAAUAAAAUUGCUAUAUUCGGUGAUAAUGGCACUAUUACUCCUGGAGGUGUAAGGAUUGGUACUCCUGCUAUGACAUCAAGAGGUUGUCUAGAGGCCGAUUUUGAGACUAUUGCUGACUUUUUGCUCAGAGCUGCACAGAUUGCAAGUGUCGUACAGAGAGAGCAUGGGAAAAUGCAGAAGGCUUUUCUGAAGGGCCUUGAGAGCAAUAAAGAUAUUGUUGAGCUCAGAACCCGAGUUGAAAUUUUUGCUACUCAAUUUGUAAUGCCAGGAUUUGAUGGUUGAAAAUCUUUUUGAGAUUGCAUCCUGUUAAGGAUUGCCAUCUUCCAUUCAUGACAGUCUUCUGCUGCACAUGGUAAUAAAUCCAAGUUCAGUUCCUUAUUUUAUUGUUUCUGUACAGCCCAGUCUUGCUCCAAUUGUUUCUGCAGAUGCCAACAUUUCACAAUUGUUAACCCCCCACAUCUUGGUACAGAGUGAUGCUGCCAUGUUGAUGGGGGGCAAGCCAUUUUGGUCAUUCACUGAUCCGCUUAUAUGGGCAAAUGGCCUUGGUGACGGCGGACCAGCAAUACAAGGUGCCUUUCAGCCUCAAAACGGUUGAUGAUUAUGAUGUUUGCAGAACAGUGAUUGCUGCACAACUGAAUCCUCCAUGCACCUCUGAAAGUUUUUAAAGCCUUGCUAAAUAUUUAUUUGUGAAUCUGAUACACACCAUGGAUAAGGGUCUUAGUAAACUUUCAAAUAAUUCCCUGUAUUCUCACUCUUCACAUUUCUUUUUUAACUGCCCCAAAUAAUAGCAAUUGUCAUGCAGCACAAAACCGGCUUUGAUUGUA